AUGAUCGAACACAUUGGGAAUCAGUAUGUUGUGGCCAGGCCAGUAUAUUCUGCAAAUGCCUUUGGGGAAGAACAUAAGAAGAAACAGAGACAUCAUAAGACCUUUCUGGAUCAUCUCAAAGUAUGUUGUAGCUGUUCUACACAAAAGGCCAAGAGAAUUGCCCUCUCUUUGCUCCCCAUAGCAUCUUGGUUACCAGCAUACCGGAUAAAGGAAUGGCUACUCAGUGACAUUGUUUCUGGAAUCAGCACAGGGCUGGUGUGUGUACUGCAAGGUUUAGCAUAUGCUCUGCUGGUCAACAUCCCUCCAAGCUAUGGGUUAUAUGCAGCCUUUUUCCCAAUCAUAAUCUACUUUUUCUUGGGCACUUCUAGGCAUAUAUCUGUGGGUCCAUUUCCAGUUCUGAGUGUCAUGGUGGGAGCAACAGUUAUGAGACUGAUCCCAACGGCCAACCCAGGUGCUAUGGAUUCUUCUAAUAGUUCAAUGAGUAAUGAUUCGUCAUUAAAUGAUCAUAAGGUGAUGGUGGCUGCCACGGUCACAGUACUUUCUGGAAUCAUCCAGUUGCUUAUGGGGGUUCUGCAGAUUGGAUUCAUGGUGAUAUAUCUGUCUGAAUCCCUAAUCAGUGGCUUCACCACAGCUGCUGCUCUUCACGUUUUGGUUUCCCAGCUCAAAUUUAUUCUUCAGCUGACUGUCCCAUCACACACUGAUCCUUUUUCACUUUUCAAAGUACUAAAUUCCAUCUUCACACAAAUAGAGAAGACUAAUAUUGCAGACCUUGUGACGUCCUUGAUUAUCCUCCUCAUUUUAUUUGUGGUUAAAGAAAUAAAUCAGUGCUACAAAGCCAAACUUCCAGUGCCCAUCCCAAUUGAGCUCAUCAUGACUGUGAUAGCAACAGGUGUAUCCUACGGCUUUGACUUCAAAAACAGGUUUAAUGUGGCUGUGGUUGGGAAGAUGCAAAGUGGAUUUCAGCCACCUAUCACACCUGACUUGGAAAUUAUCGAAGGAACCAUUGGAGACAGCUUCAGCAUUGCAAUCGUCGGCUUCAUGGUGGCCUUUUCGGUUGCCAGUGUUUAUUCCCUUAAACAUGAUUAUCCUAUCGAUGGCAAUCAGGAGUUAAUAGCAUUGGGACUGGGUAACAUAUUCACAGGAACAUUCAAAGGAUUUGCCUCAAGUACUGCCCUCUCCAGAUCUGCGAUUCAGGAAAGUACUGGAGGCAAAACACAGGUUGCUGGGAUUCUCUCUGCUGUCAUCGUGCUGGUUGUCAUUGAAGCCAUGGGAUAUCUUCUGGAGCCACUACAAAAGUCUGUCCUGGCAGCUUUAGCACUUGGAAACUUAAAGGGAAUGCUGAUGCAGUUCACGGAAAUACGAAGAUUGUGGCGAAAGGAUAAGUACGAUUGUCUAAUUUGGAUCAUGACCUUCAUCUUUGUCACUGUCCUGGGACUUGCUUUAGGCCUGGCAGCUAGCGUGGCGUUUCAGCUCCUGACCAUCGUGUUCAGGACCCAAUUUCCGAAAUGCAGCACACUGGCUAAUGUUGGAAGGAGCAACAUCUACAAGAAUAAAAAAGAUUACUCUGAUAUACAUGAACUGGAAGGAGUGAAAAUUUUCAGAUGUCCAUCUCCUAUUUACUUUGCAAACAUUAAUUUCUUUAAGCAGAAACUUAUUGAUGCUGUUGGCUUUAGUCCACUUCGAAUUCUACGCAAGCGCAACAAAGCUGUGAAGAAAAUCCGAAAACUGCAGAAGCAAGGACUGCUGCAGGUGACACCAAAAGGAUUUUUAUGCACUGUUGAUGGCUUGAAAGAUUCCGAUGAAGAGCUCGACAACAAUCAAAUAGAAGAACUGAAUCAGCCAGUCAAUACCGCAGACCUGCCCUUCCAGAUAGACUGGAACGCCAAUCUUCCUCUCAACAUUGCAGUUCCUAAAAUUGAACUACAUAGCCUUAUCCUGGACUUUUCAGCAGUGUCAUUUCUUGAUGUUUCUUCAAUGAGGGGUCUCAAAACGAUUUUGCAAGAAUUUAUCAGGAUCAAGGUAGAUGUUUAUAUUGUUGGAGCUGAUGAUGAUUUUAUUGAGAAGCUUAUACGGUGUGAAUUUUUUGAUGAUGAAGUCAAGGACUCAAUAUUUUUCUUAACAAUCCAUGAUGCGGUUUUGCAUAUUUUGAUGAAAAAGGAUUACAGUACUUCAAAGUUUAAUUUCAAAUCUGGAUUAGGAGUAAAAUUUGCUUUUACCAUAAAUACAAAUGGAGGAUUACAUAAUUGGGAAUGUAAGGUACCGGUUGAAACUCAAUUCUAA